UAUGUUCGCAAACAGCGUCUAUUAAGUACGUGUUCGUUCGAUCCUCUUCGCUAACUAUGACGAGGUUUAUUGUUGUUGACAAAAUUUGACAAUUAGGAAAGAAACAUUGGAUUUUAUUGUAAUUAUAGUUUCAGAUUGAAUUUCAAAAUCAGCCAUGGCUGAAGACAGGGAGAUCUUGCGUGAAGUGUGGGAUGGUAGAGUCGCAGUUUGCGUUCAGCUUGCGAGUGAAGAUUGCAACACGCUGAGUGCCCCAGACCCUUACUACCUCAUGGUUCCGAGACUAUCCUACUUCCCUUUAGUUACGGAUAAGGUACGAAAACAUUUUCUCCGCUUCAUCACAACAGAACUCAAUGAUGCUGAAAUGUGGUUGGAAUCAGAUGGUACUCCUUUGAAAUGGCAUUAUCCCGUUGGUGUUCUGUUUGACCUUCAUUGUGGUGGCGCUUCCCUUCCUUGGAACCUCACUGCCCACUUUUCUCACUUCCCAGAGCAAGAGCUCAUCAAGUGUUCUUCCAGAGAAGUUGUAGAGUCCCAUUUCCUUUCAUCCUUAAAAGAAGCUGAUGGUUUGAAGCACAGAGGGCAGAUCAUUACCAAUAUGCAAAGCAAGGAUCACAAGCAAUUAUGGAUGGGCCUUUGUAAUGAUAAGUUUGAUCAGUUUUGGGCCAUUAAUCGGAAGCUGAUGGAUAGUACCCCAGAGGAAGGUUUUAAACACAUUCCCUUCCGUCUGCACUUACCCUGCCAGCCCCCAAUUCAGAGGCUUAUCAGACCUCUCACAGAUGACGGAAGGAAGGUUACAUUGGGUGAUCUCCUGCAAGAAUUUUUACCCGACUCUAGUAAUGAAGGAGACCGCGUAGUGAUCCAGGGAAUCGAGGCCCCACGAGAGACUCCAUUACAGUGGCUUAGUGAACAUCUUAGUCACCCAGAUAAUUUUCUUCAUAUUUGUUAUAUCCCCACUCAGAUGUCAUGACCUGUAUACUUCAGUCACAUAGCUUCAGGAUGUACACUUUUUAGCAUUUUCUUUCCAUUGACAGAAUGUUGAGGAUUAUGAGUGAACGUGACACAUUUUCUUUGUGCAAUGCAUAAGGAAUACUUGUUGCUUCUAAUCAUGCAGAAGAUGUUUUGUGAGCUUUGUCUUUACUAAAGUUGCCAUCCAUAAAGCAGUUUGAAAGGCCGGAAUGGUAUUCCAUCUAUUGUGCAUUCAGUUACCAUUCUAGUUUGUAGAAAUUGUCCAGAACAUGACUUUGUCUCCAUUCAACAGUUAGUGUAUACUCAACAUAUUUCAUUGAUGUGCAAGUGAAUGUUUUACCAUUCAUUUCAUGCUUAGUUUGUUAAAGCAUACAUAAAAUUGUAUGUGUGUGUUUUUUGGGGUACAAGUGUCUUUUUGUUUGCGUUCAUGAAUAGCUGUGUUACAGAAAGGAAAACAGAAAAUGGGUAGCUAAUUAAAUGAAUGAAAGAAUAACUCAUCUGUGUGUGUUUCAACUUCAAGAUCUUUAUAAGUCUUUUCUUUCUCUAUAACUUUUCUUGUUGCGAAAUCAAUGGGAAAUGUGCUAAGCAUUCCCAGGGAAGGCUCUUGUCACCGGUAGAAGCAAGAUAUGUUUGUAUCAUGAUUUUCUCAUAUUAUUUAUUCUUACAGUAUCAGAAAAUACUAGCACUACUAUGUUUAUUUACAUUUAUUAUGUUUUAUAUAUUCAUUUCUGAAGUGUUCUUAUUUGUUUCCAGUAGAAUCUACAAGGCACGUAUCCAGUACCCAUCAGAUUAUCAUUUGAUUUUUCAAGUUACCAAAAAUUAAACUUUUAUAAGAGUAUAAUGUAAUGAUCAUGAGUGGGCCCCAAAAAAAUCAUCUUGAAAAUUAUACAAAAUCAGAUUUCUUUUAUUUUAGUUCUACAUUUUGUUCAUUUAAAGUACUGACCCCAUCUUUGUGUAUCUGAAUUAGAAAUUUAAUUUUGUAUUAUAGCGUAAGUGACCUACAAAAUUCUGUGUUAUGAGUAACAUGAUAGAUGGCUAUUUUUUAGAGACUAAUUUUUAUCUUGUUUAACUGUAAAAGAAUUCAGAAAAAAAGUCCAAUUGUCAUGAGCAUGACUUUCCCUUCUGCUCUUCUCUUUACAAUAGGAACAAGUCAUUUUAAUAUGUGAUAUAUUUAUGUACAGAAUAUGAUUAAUAUUAUAUCCAAGACCAA